GGGUCAGUUGGGCAAGAGCGUGACGAGAACAAAAAAUAAUCACCCGAACACCGGCCCCUCGGUCUCGUGGCCGCUGCCGCAGUCGUGUAGCCCAAAGCUUCCGGCGCUAAUAUGUUAAAGUAGACCUCCGGUGCGUUUCAUCGAAGCCACAGGAGGUUAUGUCGAGCGUCUGUGUUCUCGUUCGUUUGGGAUUGUUAGCUUCCUCUUGAAGUUCAGUUGCAGAUAACUUGACACUUCCUUCUUUCGCAGCAUGAACUGGUCGCGUCAUGUGUGUGAGAAAACCGUACUGAGAUAUCGGAAACGGAAAACUACCGCAGAGGUGUCGAAAGGGCGACAGCACGUUGGAAGCGCUGACUUGGAAAGACAUGCAGAUUUCUAUCAAAUGACGGGCGAAUCACAGUCGCAGAGGAAUGGAGAAUAUGAACGAAAAUGCAGGGAUUGAACUGUUGCUGGCGCACAUGAAACUUGAAGAUUUCAUCGAAGCAAUGGGAAGUUUGUAUCCUUCUGAGGACUCCGCUGCUUUAGAAGGGAGCAGCCUGUACAUGUCGCAGGGUGAAAUGGACGAAAACGAGGAAAUAAACAGUUCUGCGAUGCUGGAAAAUAAUAGAUCGUCUAUGCUCAGGGACUCCGUUAGAUACGGAACAGUGGACGACUUGUUGGCGUUUGCAAAUCAACUCUCCAACAGCCCCGGCAGCAAACCAACGCAAGAGACGGGAGUGCUGCUGAACAAGAAAGACAUGGUGGUGAAAAACGGUCGGUACCAGGUGGACACUGAUGUGCUGCUGUUUCCAUGGAAGCUGACGUAUCGAAAUAUUGGCUCAGACCUCGUCCCAAGGGGCUCCUUCGGAAAAGUUCACCUGGCAUUAGACACCAGGACAAGAAAGCGGAUGGCUUGCAAACUGGUACCAAUGGAACACUUCAAACCAGCUGAUGUGGAGAUCCAGGCACGUUUCUGCCACGAAAAUAUAGCAGAGUUGUAUGGUGCCCUCCUGUGGGAUGAGACGAUCCACUUGUUUAUGGAAGCGGGCGAAGGGGGCUCUGUCAUGGAAAAGCUAGAGAGCUGUGGGCCGAUGAGAGAGUUUGAGAUCAUCUGGGUCACCAAGCAUAUCCUCAAGGCCCUUGACUUUCUGCACUCUCGGAAUGUCAUACAUCAUGAUAUUAAACCCAGCAAUAUUGUGCUGAUGUCAACAAAAGCUGUGCUAGUGGAUUUUGGGCUCUCUGUGCAGAUGACUGAAGAUAUUUAUAUGCCGAGAGAUCUUCGGGGAACUGAAAUGUACAUGAGCCCCGAGGUGGUUCUUUGCAGAGGGCACACGACCAAGGCCGAUAUUUACAGCUUGGGAGCCACUGUGAUCCACAUGCAGACCGGUGAUCCACCCUGGGUGAAGAGAUACCCUCGUUCUGCAUACCCUUCUUAUCUUUAUAUUAUCCACAAACAAGCCCCUCCACUGGAGGAUAUAUCCGAAGACUGCAGCCCCUCCAUGAGACAGUUCCUGGAGUGUUCUUUGGAGAGGAAUCCAAAAGUACGCCGCUCGGCCGCUGAGCUUCUAAAGGAAGAGGCCCUGCACCCUCCUCGGGAGGAUCAGCCACGCUGUUGGAGCCUGGACUCUGCCUUGUGCGAGAAGACUCGGCUGCUCAUGAGACAGGAGUCGGAGCUCCCUGAAAACGUCACUGAUUCUUCAAUAUGCACAGAUGAUGAUUCCCUGGCAGCAAGAGGAAAACGAUCUUUAUAUGUGGAUCUGGGGGCUCUGGCUGGUUACUACAAUAUUGUAAGGGGACCUCCCACUUCGGAAUAUGGCUAACAUAUGAGGACUUUCCUGAGCAAGGACACUGUUGGAUGAAUUAGCCCUGCGGCGUACACAUCUCAUCUCGGUAGAGGGAGUCUUAACACGUUUAUCAGGCCGUGUUGUUUGAUCAGAGUAUCUCUUCCUUUUACGUGCGCAGGUGUACGUGUGUGUGUGUGUGUGUGCGUGUGUGUGUGUGUGUGGGUGUAUAAUAAGGGAGCCUGACUCUGAGUGGUUAGGCAACAGUGAUUAAUGAGGCAUGAAUGGUCCAAAGUCACGGGAUGGCACGGUGUGCAGUGGAACUGAAAAGAAAUUCAAAAAGAGAAUGAGGUGCAUAAUGCAGGUUUGUGUGCAAUGGUGGAGCUCGUGUGCAGUCCGGAUUAGCUACCCUUGAAGACAGGUAUGGAGUUGAUAAGUAAAGUAUGUUUCUAAUAGAAAUAAUCAGCUAAAUUCUGCCGGUAACUGGCUCUCCUUUGUUUUUUUUUUAAUAUUUGCAACUACUCAUUUUAUUUCUGUAAAUGGAAGUUCCAAAUGACUAUUUUUGUCUGUAAUCUUAAUAAAGCAAAGCUGAAAAGAAGCCGUACUAUCAUAUAUAUAUUUUAAUUGUUCCUAUGGAAAUCGCCUUGGGGCAGUAUUUGCUAUGCAGGUUCGCCAAAUAUGAAGUUAACUCCAAAAUACAGAAGCAGAUUAAAAAAUGUUAUGAAUCACUGUGAGUUAUAAAUGGGAGUUAUUAAUAGUCGAUGCCAUUCUUGGAAAAUGUAUUAAUGCCAUCAAGAAGUCCUGCUAUUUCUAUUCACAUCCAUUCAAAGUUAGCCGUCAUAAGUUUUGAAGUUGAAGUACAGCAGUUGCUGAGUUUUACAUAUCUUGUGUUUCAGUUUAUUCUUGUUGUUUUCUGUACAUACAUCAAUAAACCAAUCUAGUACAAGCAUG